AUGUCUGAGCGCCGCACUCACAGUGCCGCUCAGCAUCGCGGUGCCGCUUUGUCCUCUUCUUCAGACGCCGCCCCACCUCCGAGGCGCAUACAGAGCGAUGCACGACCAUUGACCAAUGGCCGCUCCCGGGCGAAUGGCCACGCUAACUCUUCGUCAGAAUUCGAUGAACUGGAUGUGAAGCGGGAGCAGUACGAACAGCAGACACAGGGUGAAGCUUCCAGCUCCCGCUUGCCCAGCCCUUCGUCACCGGUCAGGCCUAUAGCUAAUGGACGACGCAGGACUCGCUCCCGGCAUGGAUCAGAGGAAGAUGCCGAAGAAGGUGCAGGGGAGGGGUCAACUCAACGUAGCAAGAGGCCACGAAUGUCUCAAGAUGAUGGUGGGGCAGAUGAGGAGGAAGAGGAUGAUGAAGAGAAGAAGCCGAAGAUCAAGGCGGAAAAGAUGGCAGCUAAUGGUGCUCGUGACUUUGAAGUUGCUCAUGGGGAUCGUGAUCGGGAAGGCUUCCUACCGGGAUCGAUCGUCAGAGUAGCGCUCAAGAAUUUCGUCACCUACGAUUCGACAGAAUUCCGGCCCGGUCCUUACCUCAAUAUGAUCAUUGGGCCUAACGGUACCGGCAAGUCGACGAUCGUCUGCGCCAUCGCUCUCGGUCUGGGCUGGAAGCCUGCCGUUCUCGGUCGUGCCAAGGACAUUGCCAGCUUCGUCAAGCAAGGCUACCAAGAUGGGUGGAUUGAGAUUGAGCUCAAGGGCUUGGCUGGGGAGGAGAACGUCACCAUCAAGAGGCUAAUCUCUAGGAAGAACAAUUCGAGUGAAUGGCGCCUCAAUGGUAGGACUUCGACUGCUAGAGCUGUCAACGACGCCGUGGGCCGCUUUGACAUCAACGUGGACAACCUAUGCUGUUUCCUACCGCAAGAAAAGGUGGCCGACUUUGCUCGGAUGGACCCGCCGAAGCUCCUCGUCGAGACUCAGAGGGCCGCCGGCAACCCCAAUCUCAGCUCUUGGCAUGAACAGCUGAUCGAGCUGGGCGCAGAAUUCCGGGAGGUCCAGGGUCAGCUCGAUCGUGACCAAGAGGAGCAGAAUAAUCUCGAGCAGAGGAACGAGGUCCUCGGUAGGGACGUCGAACGCUACGAGCAGAGAAAGCAGAUCGAGGAAGAGAUUGCUCUAUUGAAUUUGCUGAUCCCCUUUGCGGAGUACCACAAUGCCAAGACAGCCUACAGUGAGGCCAAGGCUGUCAGAAAUGACCGCAAGGCUGACCUGGAAGAGCUUCGGCAGAUCCACGAGCCUCUUCGACUCAAAGUUGAGUCGAUGAAGGCGAAGCGAAGCAAGCUCGAAGGGAAUCGGAUCAAAGCUACCGAGUCACUGAAUAAGGUCAACAAAGACCUGACGUCUGCGGUGAGACAAAUGGAGCAGCUGGAAAGCGAUACGACCGAGCUGCAAGACACCAUGUCCAACCUCAAAGCACGCGAGCAGGAGCACCACAAGCUCAUCAGUAAGCUCAGGGCAGUAGUCGCCGAGCUCGAAGCAAAGGUGGCUGAUGAACCCCAAGAGUACGACUUGAGCGUCUUCGAUCGAGCCCUGCGUGAGAUUCGGCAGGAGAUCCGAGGAGCCGACGAUCGCAGAGGAGAUCUGACUGCCCAGAUCGACGACAUUGGGCUGGAGAACCGGCAGCUUCAAAAUACCCACGAUGAAACCCUGCGGAAACUCCGGCGGCUUGAUGACGUUCGUGCCCGCAAGCUCGAGAUGCUUCACAAAGCUGACGAGCCAGCCUGGAAGGCUGUGCAAUGGCUUCGAGCAAACCAGAAUCUCUUCCAGAAGAAGGUGUUCGAGCCCGUCGUCAUGGAGGUCACUGUGAAAGACAGCAAGUACGCGUCUCAGGUUGAGAGCUGCAUCAAUUGGGCUACCCUUCGGACGUUCGUUUGUCAGACUCGUGCAGACUAUGAUCGGCUGACGAGAGAGCUGGUUGAUAAGCAGAAGCUGAGGAUCAACGUGGCCGAAAUGGAGGGUGGGCGCAACAUGGAGCAAUUUGAGGCGGCAAGGCCUCUCUCUACGGAGCAAAUUCGACAGCUCGGCUUCAAUGCCUACAUCUCGGACAUGGUCGACGGUCCUGAGAGCGUCAUGGCUUACCUCUGCGGUAGUGCAAAUAUCCACACCAUCCCAGUUGCUCUGACGGAUAGCGUGGACGUCAACCAGGUCGAGCAGUCUCGUCAAAUCAAGCGCUACAUCGUGGGCCAUACGAACCACACCAUUCAAUUCUCAGACUACGGCCGAAAGCUGCCCAUCACCCUUUCGAGAGACAUCAAGGCCGCCAGGAGUCUCACACAGAGUGUCAAUACUGCUGAGAAGGAGAAUCUGGAGCGAGUCAUUCAAGAGAUUGCGCAAAAGACCAAGGAUGCAGAGGAGAGCAUUGGCGAGCUGCAGGAGCAGAUCAAGCGCGAAGAGGAGAAGGCUGAUGAUCUCAGAUCGAGGAAAGAGGAUCUGGAUAGGCAAAAGAUGGAUGCGGUGCAGCCUCGCAGAGAUUGGGAGAAGGCGAAGAUUGACCUAGGCAACAAGAAGAGCAGGCUGAAUGCUGAGCACAAUAAGCCAUCACAAGAGGCAGAGCGCAAGCGGCUGAUGGCCGAGGUGCAUCGCAAGACGGACAAGCGCGUCAAGCUAGUGCGGGAUAUGAAGUCGCUUCUGGAAAUUCAGACAAAGCACCGCAUCGACCUCGACGUCGCCACCUUAGUUGAGGUGCAGCACCAGGUCAACUACCAAGCCUGGAAGGACCUCUACACUUCCAAACUCGGCGAAUUCAAGGAGGCAGAGCGCGCCCUCAAAGAGGCUCUUGAGGAAUUCGCCGCGAGCAAGCAGUUGGCUACGCAGAUGCAGAACCGGGCUCAGGCGAAGCACGACGAUGCGCCGUAUGAGAUCCAGCAGAAGUUCCACCGUCGUCAAGAGGAGAUGGGGGAUGAGACGUCUAUGAAUCUUGCCGAGCUCGAGGGAGAGCUGGCUACGCUGCAGGGCUCUUUGGACCUGUCUACAGGUGUGGCACCAGGUGUGAUUGAAGCAUUCAAGAAGCGCGCCGAGCUCAUUGCUGAGCUGGGCGACUCGAUUGCAAAUCAACGUCGCGAGGUUGCUCGACGCGAGACGAAGAUCGAACGCAUCAAAUCGCAAUGGCUCCCCGCACUUCAAGCCCUUGGAGCCAAGGUCAGCGAAAAGUUCUCUGCCGCCUUUGACCGUAUCGGCUGUGCGGGCGAGAUUCGCAUUUCGGAGCAAGGCGACCACUAUGAAAAGUGGGGAAUGGACAUCCUCGUCAAGUUCCGAGAUACGGAGCAGCUGCAGCUCCUGACGGGGCAGAGGCAAUCAGGUGGGGAGCGUUCCCUGUCUACCAUCCUCUACCUAAUGUCCCUCACCGAACUCUCCCGCUCUCCCUUUUCCCUCGUGGAUGAGAUCAACCAAGGGAUGGACCAAAGAGCAGAACGAGCCGUACAUGAUCAAAUGGUUCAAGUCACCUGUCGAGCCAAUGCCUCGCAGUAUUUCCUCAUCACACCAAAAUUGCUACCAGACUUGAGAUAUCAUGAGAGGAUGAAGGUGCUCAUCAUCAAUAAUGGUGAAUGGCUGCCAGAGAGGAUUGAUCUGGCCCGCUUUGCAAAGAGGAGGUUGGCGCAGAGGAGUGGUGGUAGUGCGGGUGCUGGGGGUGCUGGAGGGGGAGCAUCCCAGGGGAGGGCGAUUGCCGCUGCUUAG